AUGGUCACUCCAGAGGAGAAACGAAUUGAUCGGUACAUCUGGGGAUUGGUACCUGAAAUCCGAGGGAUGGUCACUUCGGCAAACCCAACCACUAUACAAAAUGCGGUGGUGUUGGCAAAUCGUCUGACAAAUGAUGCAGUUAGAUCAGGGAUUUUAAAGCAAGACAAAUUUGGUGGAAAGAGGAAACUAGAGGGGCAAUCGUGGAAAAGGACCAACAAUGAUUUAGGCAAAAACCAAAAAGUGAUAAGAAACUUUGGGGAUCAGUCUCAAACAGGAGAAAAGGGCAAGGGGACUUACCCUAAAUGUGGCAAGUGCAAUUAUCACCAUAGCGGGAGAUGCAUUAUUUGUUUCAAAUGCAAUAAAGGAGGUCAUUUCGCUAAAGAUUGCAAGAUCAGAGAGAAUCAAUCAUGCCAUGAGUGCAGAAGCCCAAAUCACUUCAGGAAUAAGUGCCCAAGGAUAAUUAGAGGAUCAAGCAUCAACAAUGCCGGAAACCAAGAAAGGCAAACCUGUCAGGGAGAUCGAGGAGGUCAGGCUCGGGGAAGGGCAUUUGCAAUGGGAGCCGAAGAAGCACGUCAAGACCCUAAUGUUGUGACAGGUAUGUUUCUUUUAAACAACCUCUAUGCCUUAGUAAUAUUUGAUUCUGGAGCAGAUAGAAGUUUUGUUUCCCUAGAAUUUAGGCCGUUGAUAAAUCUGAAAUCGAGUAAGUUAAAAGAUGCUUACACUAUCGAAUUUGCCAAUGGCCAAGAAAUAAAGGUUGGGGACGUAAUCUUGGGUUGUACUUUAAAUUUUACUGAUAAGUUAUUUAGCAUUGAUCUUAUCCCAAUUAAAUUGGGAAGUUUCGAUGUAGUGGUAGGAAUGGACUGGUUGUCUAAGAAUCAAGCGGAGAUUUGUUACUUUGAGAGGAUUGUGCGAAUACCUUACCAAGACGGAGAAACCCUAUCUAUACAAGGGGAAAAACCUGGAAGGAGUUUAAAGAUGGUAUCAUGUGUGAAGAUUUGCAAGUAUAUGAGAAAAAAAUGCGUUGCAUUCUUGACUCAUGUAUCAGAAAGGAAAUCCGAGGAAAAGCAUAUUCAGGAUAUUCCUGUGGUGAGAAAUUAUCCAGCAGUAUUUCCGGAUGAUUUGUCAGGACUUCCUCCAUCUAGACAGGUCGAAUUCUGA